UCCUGUAUGUCCAGAUGAGCAGCCUCGUACCUAUCACAUUCUCACACGUGCUUGUGUCAUAGCGGAACUCAAUAAAGCCGUCACGCUCCACUAGCCAAACACAAGACGUAAACACGAAAGGAAUGAGCUUGCCGAAUGGACAGAGAGCAGCAGGUGGUGGGUACAAGAUGAGUGAAUAAAAGGUUUCUUAUACUGCCGAGUGCCGAGGGUUAGCUACAGGGAUUUCGAAAUCAACGUUUUGUUGGGUUUUUUUUUUAGGAUGUGGGGCGUUGUCAUGUGAGGGUCACACGAAUGUAGGUCCCAGCUGUGCCUACACCUCGCUGCUUUACCUCCAACAACCUCUCAACUAUUUGCUUUCCCACGAGAGGAGGCAAAGAAAGUAAAAUCACGUUUGAGCAACAUAAGAAAAAGAACUAAAUAUUACAUCGUGCAGGGCAGAGAUUUGUUUCAAGUAGCCCUAAAAUGUUUUUAUGACUCCAUACAGUUUGAUUGCGUGCGUGUGUUUGUGGGUACAUGCCCACCCAUACAUGUGAUGUCCGCACCUCUGUUCUCACACUACUGGACAGGCUCUGUGUGUUGUUGUAGCAAAUAUUGCUGUAACCACCACGCAGCAUCUUUCAUCUAUUAUUCAUAAUGUGCUGUAAGCCAGUAUUGGAUAUUAACAACCACAUCAAGCAGCUCAUGGGGCUAUGAACCAGGAUGUGUAAAGGACUCGCCAUUUGUACAUGAUGGCGGGCCGUGUCCGUGUGGCGAUUUACAGUCUGUGUUUGUUUACAGAAAUACUGAUUUUGUGUGUUGGUCGGAACAUACACAUGACAAACAUUGCACUGAACAAGAGAUGUGACAUCAGCUCUCGGUAUGUAAGCUCAGGCAAUUGCUCGGCUGCAAUAAAUGGAAACACAAACACCAUCUUUAACAUGAAUAGUAAUCCACCCAACUGCAUCCACACUGCGGUAAACGACCUUUCACCCUUCUGGUGGGUGGAUCUGGGACAGGAGGUCGCCAUCAGUGUCAUCACCAUCUAUGGGCGGAAUGAAUAUAUACACAGAAUGACUUGCGUUAACGUUUCAGUUGAUGGAAACGUCGUCAAAAGAUUCCCCGAUAGUAACGAGUGGAGCAACGAUAAAUAUAGUAUCACAGUUUUUCGUAGAGGACAAGUAGUCAACAUCACCAAAGACUGUGACCUUGAGGAAACGAUGAACAUUUGUGAGGUACAGGUGUGGGUGUGUGACGACGGUUGGUAUGACGACUGCAGUAAGAGUUGUGGUCAGUGUGACAACAACAUGUCAUGUGACAAGGUUAACGGCACCUGUGCAUCCUGUCAGACAGGUUUCCACCCUCCUCUCUGUCAAGAAUGCGCCGACGGUUAUUAUGAAACCACUUGCUCACAGACCUUAGGAAAGUGUGGCAGUAAUUCUGUCUGUAACAAUUCGACAGGCACGUGUACAUCAUGUCAAACAGGAUUCAACUCUCCGCUGUGUAAAGCGGGGAUGUCAUAUGACAAUGACAAAGAGACUGUCAGUGUGGCAGGCCCUGUGGCCGGUGCUGCUGUCGUUUGUGCUGUCGUCUUUUUUAUUAUUGGCGCCAUCUUUGGCUGGUAAGUUAAUAAAUUACAAACAUCACGACUCUAUUUCUCUGGUUUCUUUUU